AUGUAUACACACACAGGCACGUAUAGACACGCAUACACACAGACACACAGACACAUGUACAGACAUAUACAUGUACAUACACGCAGACACAUGUACAGAUACACACAUGUACAUACACACAGACACACCCCCCCCCAUAAAAAGUUGCUGUACUUCGUUGUUCACUCACAGAGCCCUGUACUGCACUCUAGGGGGGAGGCAGAGAGCACAGCACACAAGCUUUGCUUUCACUGCUCUCAGCUAUUGAGCAGUCUGACGGCUCCCAGUGCCAAUGACAGAUCUGGCCUGAGCUCCGAGCCUGCUCAGCAAGACGGCCCUGGGGGACACACUCACCCCCACCAUAAUUUCCACUCGCCAUUGGCGAGCAGGUGAGUGGAAAUUUCAAGCCCUGCGGUAAGG